CGUGAGGACGCUGCCUGGAAGACAGACGGCAGUAAAUAGCAGGGGAGAGUGCAGGCAGCCGAGUUCGCGCGCAUGGGGUUGCCAAGGUGACAAAUACAACGCGGCGCCUUAAUAGUCUCAGCGCGCUGCUCUCUAGGACUGUGCCCGUUCAGCCGGAGCAACUGUAGGAUGGCACUACCCAGAUAAUUCAGACAUUAUUUGCGUGAGUACGCGAGAAGUCUCCUCAUGAUACAAUGAACAGUACAAUGGAUACAAGCUAAACAGUUUAAUCAAUACUUGUUUUCCAGGAUAUAAAACAAUUAGCAAAAUAGGUGAAGGCACUUUUUCAGAGGUUUUGAAGACACAAAGUUUACAAGAUGGAAACUUUUAUGCGUGCAAAAAGAUGAAGCAGCAGUUUAAAAGUGCUGAACAGGUGAACAAUUUGCGAGAAGUGCAAGCCCUGAGGCGACUCAGCCCACAUCCAAACAUCUUAACAUUAUGUGAAGUUGUCUUUGACAGAAAAUCUGGUUGUCUUUCCCUGAUAUGUGAACUUAUGGAUAUGAAUAUCUAUGAAUUGAUCAGAGGAAGAAGACACCCAUUGCCUGAAAAUAAGUUGAGACAUUACAUGUACCAGCUAUGCAAGUCCCUGGAACAUAUACAUAAAAAUGGAAUCUUUCAUCGAGAUGUGAAACCAGAAAAUAUUUUAAUAAAGCAAGACGUCCUCAAACUUGGUGAUUUUGGGUCAUGUCGCAGUUUGUUUUCCAAACAGCCUUACACAGAAUAUAUUUCUACCCGAUGGUAUCGUGCUCCAGAGUGCCUGCUUACAGAUGGAUAUUAUACUUACAAAAUGGACAUUUGGAGCGCUGGCUGUGUAUUCUUUGAAAUUGCUAGUCUGCACCCCCUGUUUCCUGGAUCCAAUGAAUUAGACCAGAUCUCAAAAAUUCACGAUGUUAUCGGCACUCCAGAUCUAGCAUUGCUGAAAAAAUUUAAACCGUCACGGGCAAUGAGUUUUGACUUCCCUACAAAAAAAGGAACAGGAAUAACCCGGCUAUUACCCAACAUGUCUCCUGAUUGCUUAUCCUUGAUGUGUGCAAUGUUAGAAUAUGAUCCUGAUGAAAGGCUUAAUGCCAGCCAAUCUCUUCAGCAUUCCUAUUUCACAGAGCCCAGAAUAUUAGAAAGACAGCACCGGAAAAUAAGAAUAACAGAAAAAUCAAACACUUCAGGAUCAAUGAACUACUUUCUGCGGAUUGCCGGACAGGGACGCAGGCAGCAGGCAUUGAAGACAAUAGCAGAGCCUCCCACCCAUUAUCAUGCACCUGCCUUUCCAGUGGAGCUGCCAAAACUAAAUGUACCUGGAGUAACAAAGCCGUUGCCAAAGUUUCGGUCAGUAUUCCCUACGCCUGGAAAUAAUGGGAAACUCCCAGUACUGCCAAGUGUGAAGUACUUUGAGACCAAGGUAAACACAACAACCCUCAACCCUUUCUUUGGAAAUGGCGGCUACAUGGCUGGUGCAGACAGCAGGAAGAGAUUCCCUUUUUAAUCACUGUGAAUAUACGGCUCCAACAUCCUCGCUACAUGUUCUUACGGUACCACACGGGAAUUGCGUGUGAAGAGACGGUAAUUUUAUUCACCCUAUAUGUGACCACCAAAUCUCAUUACUGUAAUGAUGAAACUAUUCACAUGUGGCAAACCGAGAUAAAGAUGGAAUUCUGGGCCUUGGUCUUAAUUUUUGUUUUCUCGUCUGAUGCACUUUAUUUUGAAAAAAUAUAUAUAGUUUGAAAUCCAGGCAGUGAUCGUUUUUCUAUUUCACAACAAUUUUGAUCAUUUGUAAGUUUCUAUUAAAAUCCAAACAUGGAAGUAUUACAUUCUCA